AUGACGAUAGAGAAUUGCCAAGAGAUAGAAGAAAUAGUGGGUGGUGGAGAUGAUGAUGAUGAUAAAAUCAGUUUUCCCCAACUCAAGAUUUUGAAACUUCAAUCUCUGCCAAAGCUAGAAAGCUUUUGUUCAUCACGGCAUUAUACCUUUGACUUCCUAUCCUUAAAAUGGGUAUAUGUGGACGAUUGUCCAAAUAUGAAGACGUUCUCUCAUGGAGAAUUAAACACGCCAUUCUUGCACGGCAUAAGAUUACAAUGGAAUAUGCGUUGGGAAGGCAACCUUAAUAGCGCCAUACAACAAAUUUUCAGAGAAGAGAGUAGUAUGGUAGAAGAAUCUGAAAAUUCUUGGGAAGAAUCUGAAAAUUCUGAGGAAGAUCUAAGCGAUCUUUGUAAGAAACAAAGGAGACAUGGAACAUGGGAAGGGAACUAG